UGAAUUGCCAGGUUCAUUUCCCACCUCAAAGAUGCAACCUAUGAAUAUGGUUCAAUUGUCAGAUUCAUUUCCAACCGCAAAGCUGCAAACAAUGGUAUUGAGUGAAUUGCCAGGUUCAUUUUUCACCUCAAAACUGCAACCAAUGGCUAUGGAUGAAUUGCCAGGUUCAUUUCCCACCUCAAAGCUGCAAUCUAUGAAUAAGGUUGAAUUGUCAGGUUCAUUUCCAACCGCAAAGCUGCAAACAAUGGCUGUGGGUGAAUUUCCAAGGUUCAUUUUUCUUUCUCAACCCAACAACUUUUGUGCAAAUAACUUUCUUCCCAUGGCUUCCAAGGCUGCAUUCAUUGCCUCUCAGUCAGUGUGAAUGAAUCCCCAGGGCUCCUUUUCCAGACAGGUGACCUCAAUCAAGAA